CUUUACUUGGGAAACUCUUUCCACUUUAAACUCCACUGGAAUUUGUUCCUGUUAUGACGAGAUACUGGGAGAGACCACUUGUAUGGGACAGAACAAAAGGGGAGAGUAAGGCGAGUACGCUCUUGAGAAUUUACUUCAGUAUUUUUCCAACACUUGGUUUCUGACUCUGAUUGCAUACAAUAGCAUUAUCUUUAUUUCAGAAGUUCACAAUGGGAGAUCACAGCAUUCCCCGAAUGACAUUAAUAGUCGUUUCGACUGUCGCAUUCAUUGUAUGUGUCGCUUUCAACGCACUUGCUGGACCAGGAAGUGGUCCUUUUAAGAACACCACAAGUGCUAUAUCAAAUGAUUACAAUACAGAAAUUACACCCUCUGGGUGGACCUUCUCAAUCUGGGGAGUCAUCUACACCUGGCUGUCCCUCAUGAUUAUUUACAUCCUCACAACUACCUGCAGAAGAACAGUGGAUGGUCCAAUGUACUGCAGUCCUGCUGUUUUGCCAUACGGAUUCUUUAUUAUCUGGAUAUUGAACAUGUUGAUUAAUAUAAGCUGGCUCUUUCUGUGGGACAGAGAGGUGAUGAUUGCUGCAGUGAUUUUCCUGGCCUUAAUCGCGUUCACAAACUACUUGACGAUAUUCCUCUCCUGUCAUGGACUGAAAGAGUAUGGAGCUUGGCUAAACAAAUAUCACAAAGUAGACCUUUGGUGCAUUCGAAUACUGGUUCAGAAUGGCAUUGCAACAUAUGCAACAUGGACAACUAUUGCCACCCUGCUCAACUUCACUAUUGUGCUAAGCUAUAAUGCUGGAAUGAGUAAAUCAGAUGCAGCAACAGUAUCUCUCUCAAUACUUCUGGGUGAAGUUAUUGCCUGGUUUAUUGUUGAGAACUUUGUGUUUGAGAAGCACUUGCGAUACAUUCUGACAGUCUACCCUGUUGUCAUUGUUGCCCUGAGUGGAAACAUGACAAAGAACUUUAAUGCUGCAAAUCCAAGCCGCAAUGGCAUUUACAUAUAGCAAGAAAGAAAUGUUGCACAUCAAUGGUUUCUUUGAGCUUCUGAAUGUGUGCCAGUUUUUUUACAGAGAUUGUAUUUUGUGAUGCUUUCCACAGCUGUCCUGCUGGGUUUGGCUUGUGCAUUGUUUGCGAUUAGACUGAUGUUGGUAAUAUGGAGGCACAUUAAACGCCCUCUCUACAGAGGCAUCAAUGCAGAGGAGGUCAUGUCACCAAUGGAAAUUGCUAAACAGCAAAUGAAGAUCUUUAGUUAAACUAAAUGUUUAUGUAAUAACAUAUUGUUUAUCAUUUUAAUAUAUUUUUUAAUGUAUUCUGUAUAUUGAUUAUACAGCCGUGGAAAAAAAUUAGAAGGCCAAAACUAUUUUUUUCUAAAUUUCAAAUAAAAAUGUUGUUACUAGUUGCACUUAUUUGCAGAAAAUGAAAACAGCAAAAUCGCUAGUGUUAAAAAGGUCAAAAUAACCCUCACAGUGUAUAUAUCAGAAUCAGAAUCAGAAGAGCUUUAUUGCCAAGUGUGCUUGCACACACAAGGAAUUUUCUUUGGUGUUGGAAGCUUCUAGUACAGACAUUCAACACAAUGACAAUACAAUAUAAUACGAUUUACAGUCUAAAAGAUUCUAAAUUGUGCAUAUAUAAAAUAAAGACUAUUUUACAGAAAAUGGGGGAUAAUAACAUAUAAGAGACAUUGUACAGGGUAGUAUAUAGUAGAAUAAACAUAUUAACAGAUUGUAUGUACACUUGUGCAAAUGGAUAAUUUAGUAAGUAGAGGUAGUGUUAUAUACAUGUAUACAUAAGAUGUAGAUAUAAUAAGGCACAGUAGUGCACACUAUAGGAGUAGUGGAAGUGGAAUAUUGCUCUUAAGGAGCAGUUAUCUGUUUAGGAGGGAGAUUGCCUGGGGGAAGAAGCUGCUUCUGUGUCUGGAUCAUAUAAUCAGUGGCUCAUAUAAUCAACACUUCGAUAGAAUGGAUUAUAGUACACUGUGAGUGUUAAUUUGACCUUUUUAACACUCGCGAUUUUGCUGUGAUAAACAGGUCAAAAUAACAGAAAAGAUGCUCUGUAUUUUUCAGACCUCAAAUACUGCAAAGAAAACAAGUUCAUAUUCACUUCACUUAAGCAAUACAACAGCUAUAGUUGUAUGCGUAUUUAGGAAAAGUAAAAAAAUAAAUGUGAUUUUCAUGUGUCUUGUCAUGCUGUCAGUCUUUCACAUUGCUGUUGGAUGACUUUAUUUCACAGUCCUGAGGUUUGAUUUUGUUGAAAUUCAACAGACAUUUCCCUGGAAUGGAUACAAUACAUCUAGAAAUGCUGAUUAAAUGAAAAUAUGUAAUGGUAUCUUAAUUUUUUCCUGUGUAUGUAUAUAUAAAGCUUGAAAACAUAUUUGAAAACAAUGUAAACUAAAGACCUGAUCAGUACAUAGUUGUGUAAUUUUUUACUUUUGUAAGCAAUAAAAUCAUA